GGAAAACUGAAAUUAUAGGGGUAACAAAAUUGAGACAGGUGCUGUAAGUCGCCAUUUAGACUACAUCUUCGAUUGCGACGGUCAUCGUGUUCGCCGCCUUUCUCUGAAAACCCUAGCUGCUCCUGCCCAAUUUUGUUUCCCUUGCUCUCUUUUACACAAUCCUUUCGAUUCUAAAUCCUCCUUCCGACAACCCGCAAUCAACCAGAGAUUAUUGGACUACUAGCUGUUGAGAGAGACAGAAAGAGGGAGAGAGUUGUGGGGUUCGAUGGCCGGCGGCUCUGAUGUGGCGGAAGCAACUGCCCUAUCGUGUGUUCAAUGCGGGAAGCCUGCGCAUCUUCAGUAUGUGCCCAAAGUGCAUGGAAUUAAAGCUUCCUCGUGAAGGUGCUGCUUUCUGCACACAGGACUGCUUUAAGGCUUGUUGGAGCUCUCAUAAAUCAGUUCAUGUGAAGGCAAAAUUGUCCUCACUUGGGACUGGUUCUACAGGUGAACAAGAUUUAGGUGUACUUAAUGAAGGUUGGCAAUAUUGCUUAAGGAGAGGACAAUCUCGAACUCCAAAACUUCCUCAUUUUGAUUGGACAGGGAAACUAAGACCUUAUCCUAUAUCUCCCAUGCGAGUAGUUCCAUCUCACAUUGAUCAACCUGACUGGGCAGUUGAUGGAAUCCCAAAGAUUGAACCCAACAGUGAAUUGCAGCGUGUUGUGGAGAUCAAAACUCCAGAUCAAAUUCAAAGAAUGCGAGAAACUUGUAAAAUAGCAAGAGAGGCUUUGGAUGCAGCUGCUCGGGUCAUUCGUCCGGGUGUAACUACUGAUGAAAUUGAUCGAGUGGUUCAUGAGGCAACUAUUGCAGCUGGAGGAUAUCCAUCUCCUUUAAAUUAUCAUUUCUUCCCAAAGUCAUGUUGCACGUCAGUUAAUGAAGUAAUCUGCCAUGGAAUUCCUGAUGCCAGGAAAUUAGAGGAUGGUGAUAUUGUAAAUGUGGAUGUGACUGUAUACUACAAAGGUGUCCAUGGUGAUCUCAAUGAAACAUACUUUGUGGGAAAUGUUGAUGAAGCAUCUCUUCAGUUGGUCCAGUGUACUUAUGAGUGUUUGGAGAAAGCAAUAUCCAUUGUGAAACCUGGAGUUCGAUUUCGUGAAAUCGGAGAAGUUAUUAACCGUCAUGCUACAAUGUCAGGUUUAUCGGUGGUGAAGUCAUAUUGCGGUCAUGGUAUUGGGGAGCUCUUCCAUUGUGCACCAAAUAUUCCCCAUUAUGGAAGGAGUAAAGCUGUUGGUGUGAUGAAGGCUGGACAGACCUUUACCAUUGAACCCAUGAUCAAUGCAGGGGUUUGGCGUGAUCGGAUGUGGCCUGAUGGAUGGACUGCUGUUACCACGGAUGGCAAACGCAGUGCUCAGUUCGAGCACACUCUUUUGGUGACAGAAACUGGAGUUGAGGUUCUGACAGCACGGCUACCCUCAUCACCCAGUGUCUUCCCAUGGCUAAAUGCAUGAUUGGUCCUUUCAAGUAUUUUCACAACGUUAUCAUAUGUAUCUUAUCUUUCCGUAAUUUCGCGAGGAACCUGCUGCAAUGGACCCUUCAAGUGGAUGAGAAUAUCAUGCUUGAAACAAUUUAGGGAAUUUUAUUUUUUGCUUUAAAAAAAAAAAACUCAUAUAAGUAAUUAAUGAUAUUUUUUAUUGCAAGAGUGUUGCUUUUAACAAA